GCAGGCCAGGCUGGUUUGGGUGGUGGAACGCUUCGGAACAUCAUCAACUUCCAGUUUUUUUUUUUACUGUUAUCGCUUGUCCUGCAUCGCCGCAUUGCUUUUUGUCAACUGACAGAGGCGAUGGCCGAAGAUAGGACCGAGUCAUUAGCUAGGAGGUUGAACCUAGUGGAGCGAUUGGUGAUACCAGAAUCUGCUGCUGGCGGUUCGCGAAAUCCAGAGGGUCCGCGACACUUGAUAGCGCUGAAACUCCUAAGUACAAAGACGGACGAGUCCUCAACGGGAACUGACGGAGAGGUCAUAGACUUCGCAGCUGUUGUAGUCAGCCUGGUGACGGAGAAUAUCGUCGCUGCGUUUCAUCAGCACGUAAUGCCAACCGAGCAACCAACUUUGUCAAGCCAUUGUGUGCAAUCUACCGGAGUAUCACAGGAAGCCGCGGAUAACGGAGUACCUUUGAAAACUUGCCUCAUGUUGUAUUCGAAUUGGCUUGUGAAACUGGAGAAGGACGUUGGCUUGAAAUUACCGUCGAAGCAAGACCCUAAAAAUCCCGUUACGAUCCCGGUGACCUGGUCCGAUUUGGACUUGGGAACGUGCCUGCCGAUCGAAGCCAGGAGAAAACGACUCGUUUACGUUAAGCAUUUGUCUACUUGGCUCGAUUUGCGUGCUAUAUGGAUUGAACAUCACAACACGUUACCUAGAAAUAUGAGAGACGCGAUGGCCAGGAUGAAAUUAAAAUGGAAGGAGAAAGAAUAUCUUAGCUUAGAGUAUGCGACUAACAUAGCAAACCUUGCCUUGGCCAUGCGCGAGAAGGGAUGCGAAUUGAAAAUCACGUCAAGCGUUUGACCUCUAACACACGUCUGACGGUGAAAUAUAUCCAACAAAAAUUUUUUGUAAGGGAAAUAGUUUUGCGAAAAAUUUUUCCUUAGGAUU